AUGCAGGCCAUGUACCCGGACUUCAUCGCCAGCAGUCCGCGCGGCUUGGUCCCCUCGGUGGACUGCAACGGCGACAAGGUCUGGGAGUACAUCGACGAACGCUUUGAUCAUCCUCCCUACUUUUUGCCUCGCAAUGACCCAGUCAAGCGAGCUCAUGUGCGGAUAUGGUCUGACUUUGUGACUGAGAAGAUGCAAAGGAAUUUCUACGUGCACUUGAUGGAUCAAGACCCAGCGGCCCAGGCAAAAGCAAAGGAUGUCUUUUUCCAGGAAUGUCGAACCUUCGCCAGAGCAAUGAGCAAGGAUGGGCCGUAUUUCCUUGGAAAGGAGAUCUCCAUGGUGGACAUCGCUCUUUUCCCCUUUUGGCAGCGAUUUCUUUGGGUUGGUCGUCACUACCGAGGACUUGAGAUGCCCAAAGACAAAGAGUUUGAACGCUUGCAGAGAUGGUGGGAAGCGACUUGA